AUGCCGUCUUCCGACAUCAGCCGCGCCUCCAGCAGGCGCAGCGAGUCAACAGCUCGUCACCGAUACAGCAGUAGAAGCCCCGAAAGCAGAAGUGCCAGAGACGGCAGCCACGGCGAAAUCUCUCGCAAAGAAAGCAGAGACAGCUACCGUUCGAGUGGAGCCAGCCACUGCAGAGAUGGAGAUAGAAACAGAUACACUAGUAGGGAACCAGAUGAGGAGAGAGAUUCUCGGGACCGCUCUCACUCAAGUCGAAAACCAGUUGGCCGCAUGCGGGGAUGGGGAGACAGCGACACCAGCAGCAGCAGCGGCACCAGCAGUAGUACUAGUAAGGCGACUUGCCGCAGUGGAGCGAAAAUCAGUAGCCGGGUUUCUGAAAGGGAAAGGGAGUCAAGAGAAGACAAUCGCCGCAUCAGCAGCAGCAACCGCUCGCGCUCGCGGGACAGGAAUUCACCAGGGCGGGCCCAAAGCCGCACCAGUACGAAGCAGCGCAGCAGAAGCAGUAGCAGGCAUCGUGAGGAUCUCAGCAGCAGCAGGAAUCGUGAGGACCUAAGCACUUCCAAACAUCGAGAAGAUGAUCGAACUAGACCUUUCUCCCGCACCGACAGCCGGCGAACCGACAGCACUAAAGCGCGCCAUAGCCCUCCCCGCGACUCCACGAGCAGCAGCAACAACAGCAGCUCCAGAAGCAGCAGCAACUCUGGCAGUGGUAGCUCCAGCAGCAGCAGCUCCAGCAGCAGCAGCUCCAGCAGCAGCAGCUCCAGCAACCAAGUACGGCGCAGCGAUAGAGGGGACUCGCGACGCAGGGACUCUCCUGCAGCUGAACGCCACGAGGAAGCUGGGGUCUCCCGUAGGGAACGUCCUCAGGGCGAACCGUCUGCAAAGGGGCAGCACCAGCAACAGCAACAGCGACCGAAGGAGCAGUCCACGGAAAGUAAGGCUCCUGCUUCACUCGGUGGUUUAAACGGCUUGGCGCCUGCAAAACGGAGCCUUUCACCCUCACAUAGUAGUAGCAGCAGCAGCCUGAAGGACAACAGUGGCGCGGCUGCCUCAGCCCCGAAGGGGGGAGACGCAGCUCCUGGUCUGAAGCAAGAAUCUGCUGCGGCAGGUGAGAGUAAGGGUAGCAGCAGUGACAAGACAAGCCGCCUCGAGAGGUUUAGAGCCCUUAAGAGGCAGAAACAACUGCCGGAAAAGGCGACUUCCAGUGGCGAUGCCGCAUCACAGAAAGAUAGGGAUACAGCAUCAGCAGAUAGCAGCAGCAGCAGUAGUGCAUUCAAAGAUUGGCUUCCCUCUACGCCGAACGUGAAGUUUGCCGUUGGCAGCUCCAGCAGCAACAAAAUGGCAGCAACUGCCACCCCCAGCGCUGGGGCAACUGCUACGUCAGCAGCAGCAGCGGCUGCUGCUGUUGCUGCCGCUCAAGCUGUUGCUUCUGCAGCACUAGCUGCGGCGGGUCUUGCUUCCGCGUCUGCUGCUACUGUGUCAGCCGUGGGAGAACACGGGCUGCAAAAGCAGGCGACGGAAGGCGCCACAGAAAUGUCUGCGAAUGAGGGGCAAGGGCAACCGUCUCCGGCAGCAGCAGCAGCAGAUUCCGGCAGUGCGCCAACCAGUCCUCCCCCUGGUGAAACUGAUGGGGGAAGGGGAAUGAUGAAACCCCCCAAGCAGAUGUCUCGCAACCGUCUAAAAAAGCACCAGCAGGCGCAGCUGCUGAGGCAGCUGCAGACCAAGACGGUGGGCGCGGCUCCAGAAACCCAAGGAGAUGCAGAUUUGCUGGAUGCCUUCAUGUCUGCACUUGAGGCAGAGGCGAAGGAUGAGCUGAGCGCGGCGAAGGCUGAGGACACAGGAGAGGUGGAGGCUUUGGGGUGUAUUUCCAGCCGCGACUCACAGCCACCGCGGCCCCAAAGCAUUUCAUUGGAAGAGAUAAGCAGAUGGCAAGAGGUUGAGGCUACAUACCUUCCGCCGGGAGCGGUGGUAAAGCCAGCACCUCCUGCAACAGCAGGUGGGGCAGCUGGGGCAUGUGCUGCUCCUACAACAGCUGCAGCUCCUGAGUCUGCAGAGAGGCUUGCUGACGGCACCAAGGUUGAACCAGCAGCGGAGGGGAGUGACUGCUCUUCUGCCGCUACCUUGCCGCCGACUUCAGACGUUUCCCGAGUCAAACGCGAGCCAACAGGAGGGGCAACAGACGUUCCUCCCGCAGGUGUUGCAGAACCAGCUUCUUCAGGGCCAGCGGCGACUGCAGUUGCAAGUUCAGGUGCAGCCCCUACUGCUGCUUCAUCUGCUGGCGCAGCUCAAGGGGUCAAGGGUGAGGGUGGACAGUCACAAGAGACAGCAGCAGUAACGCCAACACAGCCAGAAACAGCGGCAGCAGACGAGGUUGACCCUGAGGAUGCGAAAUAUCAUGAACUGUUUCUGGAAACGCUGCGAAAGGGCCGCCUCAAGGGGCGUCCGGACUCAGGUAAUAGUACCCAUGGCAAGGGCAAGGGAACGGCUUCAGACGAAGACGAAGUCGAGGAGGAAGAAGUGAUUAUCUACUCUGAUCACGAGGAAGAAGAGGAGGAAGCUGCUGCACAGGCAGCACAGGCAGCCCAAGCCGCUGCAGCGAAAGCAGAAGGUGCAGAUUCAGGAAAAGGCAAGGACGACGACGACAACGGAACACAAGCCAAGGAGCAGCUUGCCAACCUAUCUUACUUCGACCUUGUCAAACGCGUUGGACUCAAAAAGGAGCUUCCUCUUGUUGACCAUGCGUCAUGCAAGUUCCCUCCUAUUAAGAAGAACCUUUAUGUGCAGGUGAAGGAACUCACGGACUUGAAGGAUCACGAAGUGGAGGCGAUCCGGAAGACAAACGGAAACAUCAAAGUUCGCGGAAAACAGUGUCCGCGUCCUGUCAGUUCCUUUCAUCAAUGUGGAUUGCCAGAAAAGAUUCUUAGACACCUAGAAGCACGUGGGUUCGAGAAACCGUUUCCGGUUCAAAGCCAGUGUAUUCCCAUCUUGAUGUGCGGGAGAGACCUCAUCGCUGUGGCCGAGACAGGCAGCGGCAAGACCUUGGCCUACACGUUGCCUCUUGUGCGUCACGUGUUGAGCGUUAAAAGGCAAUACAAAGAGUAUCUGGCAAAGCAGAAAGAAGAGAAGCUGCUGCGUUUGCAGCAACAGGAGGAAAACCAGCAGCAGCAAGAAGGCAAGGAGGAAAAAGCUGACGCCGCGGCUGUCGCGACGGAUAAGGCGCCAGAUCCCAAGGCGAAACCGCGUGGGAAGCAACAAGCUGUAGAUAAUGAAGAUAGGGACAGGUACCGGAGGAACGAAAAGGGUGAAAGGAUGCUUAUCUAUGGAAACUUCAAGGAAGGGAUGAUCGGCCUGGUCAUUGCCCCAACUCGCGAAUUGUCGCUUCAAAUAUCAAAGGAGGUUUCUCGCCUGUGCAAGUUGGUAGACUUGAAUGUGGCUUCCCUCUAUGGGGGUGCGGGCAUCGGGGGCCAACUGGGGCAAGUACGGAGAGGGGUGGAUGUCGUUGUAGGAACGCCUGGAAGGCUAAUUGACGUGCUCACUCUCAACUCUUGCAAGUUCACAAGCCUCAAGCGAGUGACGUUCGUGGUGCUUGACGAGGCCGACCGAAUGUUUGAUUACGGGUUCGAGCCCCAGAUCUCUUCCAUCCUAAGGAGCACUCGCCUCGACAGACAAACGUGUCUCUUUUCUGCAACGUUCCCUUCUCACAUUGAAUCUCUGGCUCGACGCAUCCUGUACAAGCCAAUUGAGGUCGUCGUUGGUGAAAAGGGACGCACAGCUGCAAAGGUGCAGCAGUACGUUGAAGUAAUGGAUGAAGAGCGCAAGUUCUACAGGCUACUGCAGCUUCUUGGAGACUGGCAAGACUAUGGAUCAAUCAUUAUCUUCGUAAACAAGCAGAUAGAAGCUGAUGAGCUGUUUGCUGAACUGUUAAAGGAUGGCACCAAGACUCUGUUGAUUGCGACGAGUGUAGCAGCACGUGGGCUCGAUGUCCCGUCGGUUGUCCUUGUUAUCAACUUUUGCUGUCCUUCACACAUCGAAGAUUACGUCCACCGUAUCGGAAGGACAGGGCGAGCAGGGAACAUUGGGGUUGCAUACACGUUCAUAACCCCUCAAGAAGCAGACAAGGCAGAAGAGCUUGAAGGGGCAUUAAUCCAAUCUGGCCAGACUGUCCCGCCGGCUUUGGCGGCGCUGAGUUCCGAGUUCCGUGUUCAGUGUAACAUGGGGUUAGCGCAGAAGACCAAACGAGGCGGUUUUGGGGGAAAGGGAUUUACAUUUUCCAUUACGGAAAAGAGUCGCCAACAGCAACAGAUGCAACAAGCCAAGAAGGAACUGUCUGGGGCCAAUGACUUCGAUGAAGUUGAGGAAGUUGAACUGCUGCUUCAGAGAGAUGACUUCUCGCCCCCAACGACUAAUAAUAAUUCCCAGCUGGCGCUCACCAACACCAUGUCAACAAUGGAUGCAGCAAUGGCAGCGGCUGCAGCAGCAGCGGCAGCAAGAGGUGGCGGAGCCGGAGCGACGUCAGGCUCACUGCAGUCCGCAGUGGAGGCUGCCGCUGCGAAGGCGGCCUUGUUGGUAAAGCAUCAGCUGGCUGGAGGUGACAACAUCACCCAGCCGACGAGUUCGACAGAAGGUGUGGCGCGUGUCAAGCUCAUUGCAAAAAUACUCAAGUUGCAGGAUGCUGAACUUGCGAAGCGACCACCAUCCACCCCGCCGGCUCCGCCAGAAGGGCUACCACCACCUGGAAGCGAGAAGACCAAAUUGACUGCAGAUCAACAGGUACCGUAUACCAACACAACGCUAGGUGCCACCGCAUCUUGCAAAUUGAAUGUGUCUGUGCACGUGAAGAGCAGCAUGCAGCUAGAUCAUUUUAAUAUUUUUUAUGUACGUAUCAAUGGCGCGUUUGAUGCUGUGCAUCACGGGACUAUGGGCACUUGCUGGGUGGACUUCAUGCUACAACAGGCCCUAAAAGGACUUCCGGAGGCAGAUCAAGCACAAUACAAGGACAAGUUGCGUGAAGCGUACAAGAAACAUUUGUCACCUCGUCCUAAAGUUCAGCAGAAAGCAGCGCCGGGCAUGCAGCUAGCUUUGGCUAGUUCCGUUACAGGCCAGGCGCUGCCAAAAGACAAGGAUCCUUUCAUGGACGCGGCAGCGGAGGCGUUAGCUAUUCUCAAGCAGGGCACAACCGCAAGCUCAAAUCAACUCCAAGCAGCUCUUGACAAGAUUAAGGCAUUUAACGAUUCAGCUGAGCUAGCGGCUGCGAUCAGUAGCGUCUCGGCGCCUUCGAAUCCCACUCUUGGCAAGGUGCCUGGGCUUUCUGACAGGGGAUUCGUCUGUCCGGAGACAGGAAAUUUUGUUGACGAACUUGAAAUUAAUGACUACCCGCAGGUGGCGCGGUACAAAAUCACCCAGAAGGAAUUGAUGUCGCGCAUCAUGGAAGAGACCGGGGCUGUGUUAUAUGUAAAAGGUCAGCAUGUGGAACCGGCGCUGAAACAUCGUACGCAGCUUGCACCGGGCGUGAAAUUCUUACAUGUGGAAAUCAUUGCCCCGACGCCGAUUCAAGUUCAGAGAGCCAGGCAUGCAGUGUACGAGCUGGUGGAGUCUAUUGCGCUGAAGUCACUGAAUCUGAAUAGCAGCCAGCGCCAAGCGAUGGGGCGGUAUUCCGUUGUGUAG